AUGGCGAAUCUGAGCCACACUGAAUUUGUGCUCUUGGGCUUCUCCUCUUUUGGUGAGCUACAGGUUCUCCUGUAUGGACCUUUCCUCAUGUUGUAUCUCAUCGCCUUCCUGGGAAACACCCUCAUCAUAGUCAUGGUUAUAGCUGACACUCACCUGCAUACUCCCAUGUACUUCUUCCUGGGAAAUUUUUCCCUGCUAGAGACCUUGGUGACCAUGACUGUGGUUCCCAGGAUGCUCUCCAAUCUGCUGGCCUCUCACGCAGUCAUCUCCUUCACUGGCUGCAUGGUCCAGUUCUACUUCUACUUUUCCCUGGGUUCCACCUCCUUCCUCAUUCUGUCAGAUAUGGCCCUGGACCGUUUUGUGGCCAUCUGCCACCCACUGCACUAUGGAACCUUGAUGAGCUGGGCUAUGUGUGUCCGACUGGCUGGGGCUGCCUGGGCAACUCCAUUCCUAGCUAUGGUACCCACUGUCCUCUCCCGAGCUCUUCUCAACUAUUGCCAUGGCAACGUCAUUAACCACUUCUUCUGUGACAAUGCACCUCUUCUGCAGCUGUCCUGCUCUGACACCCACCUGCUGGAAAUCUGGGAUUUCAUCAUGGCCCUGGCCUUUGUCCUCAGCUCCUUCCUGGUGACUCUCAUUUCCUAUGGCUACAUUGUGAGCACUGUGCUGCGCAUUCCCUCGGCUAGUGGCCGCCAGAAGGUUUUCUCCACAUGUGGCUCUCACCUCACCCUGGUCUUCAUUGGCUACAGUAGCACCAUCUUCCUGUACAUCAGGCCUGGCAAAGCACAUUCUGUGGAAGUCAAUAAGGUUGUAGCCUUGGUAACGGCCAUCCUCACCCCCUUCCUCAACCCCUUUAUCUUUACCUUCCGCAAUGAGGCAGUGAAGGCAGUCCUACGGGGACAGAUGCAGAGGCUGAAAGGCCUUCAUGAGGUAUUAUCCUGA